AUGCAACGCCUUGUCGCACCUACUAGGAAAGAGAUAGACGAUGCGCAUUCGACCAGGAAAUGGUUGGACAUAGGGAUGCCCAGCGUCAGGAAUCUUGCUUCAAUUAGCAAGGUCAGGAUGGUAAUAUGGGUAUUACUGGGCCUGAGUAGCAUACCACUGCACUUCGUUUAUAACUCUGUUGUCUUCGAGACGACCGCUGCGAACAAGAUCAAAUUCGUAGUCGUGGCACCAGACUUCUUCACAGACAAGAACAGCUGGCACUUUGCGCUUGGAGAAACAGUGUACAACUCCACUUGGGACAACGACUAUACCAAACUGCAAAACACACUACUCAAUGACCAGUACUUGGACCGAACGAAGUUUGAGAACAUCACAUACAAUGAUUGUAAAGCGAGAUAUGCUGCUCCGUUCAUUACCACUGGCUCGGGAUUUGGCGUGCCCAAUGCUUCACAAUUGGCAGAAUGGAACGCUUAUUCGCAAUACUCAUCUCUCCUGGAUUUCUAUGUGGAAGCUAGUGGAAACCUCGAUAUCGACCUCUUCCACGCCACGACCAAUGGGCCGGGAAUAUCCUACUUUGGAAGGAUGGUAAGUGCGCUUGUGGUCACUGGAGCGCUGUUUGCGUAUCUGCAGUUCAACUAUCAUGGCACCGCACGUAAUGGUUUCGGAGCACUGAAUACCAGCUACCUCAUCGACAUCCGAUUGCCCUUCGCUCAGUCGGUCAUUCCCUACGUUCUACUUGCCAACUUGCCGCAAGCAGUGUGCUCCUUCAUCUAUCUGACCUACAACGGCAUGUUCACCUGUAUGCUUGCUAACCGCGAAUGGUCUCAUUACGGCACAAAGCGCGCAACUCUCCGCGUCACUAUACCAUCUCCGGGCCAACGUUCCACCCAUUUCCUCCAGCUGCCUUACUCUUUCAGCAUUCCCCUGCUUAUCGGAGGCGUUCUCCUUCACUGGUUCAUUUCGCAGUCGAUUUUCCUAGCCCGUAUUGCCGUGUACAAAGACGGUGUGUUGACCGAACCGAAAGAUCUAUUGGGGCAAUACCAGCACAUGGGCAAGUCAAGCAACGCGGCUUUUACUGGUAUAGGAUAUUCAGACGCAGGUAUGAUUGCGUGCUUGACCUGGGGAGGGAUUAUAGUGGUGUUUCUUGUCGUCGUCUCGAAUGUCAUGACGUAUCCCAAGGGCGUGCCGCUGGGCGGAACGAACAGUGCUGUCAUUAGCGCAGCGUGCCACUUCAGGAAUCAGGAAGAUGGAAAUUACAGAUUGGCAGAGGAAAACGACAUCGCAAGCCAGCCUCUCAAAUGGGGUGUCACGAUGCGGGGUGGGAGAGAAAGAGUCGGACACUGUUGCUUCAGCGCUGGCGAGGUGGAGGAGCCGAUUGUGGGACACCUCUAUGCGGGUGAAGUGUCAAAGGCAAAGAGCACGUAA